CUCCCCUCACAACACGCUGAGCGAUCGUAGCGAACGGACGUCUCUACUAAAACAAGUCUACUACAAGUGUAACUCAAUAACCAUGGUUGUGAAACUAGAAACUGUCGCGGCCCUGUACGCGGACGCUUACCCCACUCUGGCCAAGUCCCGCGGCCGUGAGGACUGCUCUCCAGUUUCUCGCAGACAGAAGAAGAUUGCCUUGCCGGCUCUGGUGGAGGAUGAUUCUGAAGAAACCUUCGAACCGGAGCAGAGGCCCUACAUCAUGACGACAGAAGUGCUGAGGAGACAGAAGUCUGUCUCGCCGCAGCGACGCGAGCGGCUGAUCCGGCGACUGGCGCUGCCCUCCCUCUCAGAAGAUGAAGAGCCUUGAUCUACCUCCGGGGACAAUCUAAGGUUCAAGACAGAAGCCUUGGGGUCAGACGCCUCGUCUCUAAGGUCGCAUGGACGCCGGGUCGACGGAGAAAUGACCCCAAUUCGGGGUGACCGACCGUGCCGCGUGAGGACAGUGACGGAAUAUGUGCCACAGUAGUGAUGUGAUCCAAAUUCGUUACCAAAGUUUUACCAAUAACUAGGUGAUAAGUUAUAUCUAAGUUUGUAUUGAAAAUAAAUAGCUAAUGUGUUUUUAAA